GGCGUGCCAUAAAGAAAAGUCAUUUACAGUUAACCAUUAACAUCAUACAACUUUAACCCUGAAAGACGGCGGAAGAGAACAUCACCUCAGCGAUACAAAGUUCUCAUCCAAACAGACGAUAGAGUGGUGAAAAUGAGUGACAUAGAUGACGAUAGCGAAAUAUACUUCUCAGUUAAAUUUUUGGGUCGUAUCCAGGUGGUCCGUCCAGGUGGGAUGCAGAUUCUGACAGAUGCAGUACAAGCCCUACAGGAUCCAAACAUAGAGAUGGAUGAGAAAAUGAAGAAAACUAAAGUACAUGUGUUUCUGACCAGAAGCGCUAUUGACAUUCUAGAGCAUAAAACAAAGUUCAUGCUGUACUCCUGCACUCUGUCCUCUGUUUCAUUCUGCGCAGUGCAUCCGACUCGGCCCAAAAUACUCGGCUUUGUGGCCAGACACCCAGCGGCGGACAUGUACCACUGCUACAUCUUCCAGAGCAAGAAGUUUUCCCAUCUGCUGGUUUCCAUCAUCGGUGACACCUUUCAGGCUUAUAAGCAGGAUGGAAAUCUACAAGGUGAUCGUGACCUGGUGGUGGAGGCCCUGAGACACAAGAAUAAGGUACUGGAGCGAGAGAACGCCGAGCUGAAGAGGAGACUGCAAGCCAGUGGAGAGAACGCUGGUGGAGGACAGGACAUUUCUGAAAAUGAGUCUGAACUUGAUCAAAUUUCAUCUCGAUCAGGACAGGUGAGAUUUUUUUCUGAAGAUGACAUGACUCCUCUGCAGAGCAAUUUCUGAACAGAUACUGACUCGUGGCACACCAACAUCUCCAGCAGAUGAGCUCCUUCAGACGCUUCCAUAUUAAACAUUAUAUCUAGGAACAGCAAUACACUAUAAUUAUUUUUUAAAAAGGUGAUAUUUAAGAAUGAUCUGUAAAAAUCUGUAAAAAUCUGUAAAAAUAAAAUCAAAAAUAAAAUAAAUUUGUUUUGAAAUUAUUCAUCAUUAUUAUCCAUGCAACAAAUAUUUAAUUCAUUCAGAAUCUUCUCCACUCUGCUCUUUUUCCCAAGAAAAGGAAGAAUCUCUCUCACAUUUGUUGUAUUUUUGUUCCUUACACUAAACAAUCCUGGCUUCAGAUUUCAGCCUCUUCACUUUA